AUGAAUGUGGCAGCCACAGUAAUUAAAAGUGAACUAAUGCAAGUAGCUAAAGGUAGAAAAUCGGAAGCCAAAGUACGUAUACGAAGGUAUUUGCAACAUGCAGGAUUUACGCCUGGGGAUGUGAGAGACUUACCACCAAGGCCUACGUCAGAAAUCUCCCUGGAUACUGAAAUGCUAUUUUUCCUAAUUUCGAUGAACGAAUUGGACAUAUUAGAAGAAAACAUUAGUAUGGCUAAAUUAUCUUCGCCGAAUAAUGAAGCCCCGCGGAAAUUAAGGUUGUUUUCCUCCAUAUAUUUAAAAAUUAAAAGAGGUUUAUUCCACCAUCACCGGGGGCAUCAAAGAUUUAAUAGGCCAUCGUCAGGGUCCGAAGAUGAAGGUGAUGCUGCUGAAGAAGAGUUGGAUGAAAAAAUGGAGUUACUAGGUUUUGAAAAUGGUAGUGACUCUUACAAGGGUGAUUCACCCUCCAGCAUACAAACGGUAAUUCAAAACGAUAGUUUGGUAAUGAUUACACCUCCGGGGUUUCCAAGCGACCCAAAGCCAACAACAAAUAUUUUGAAGAUUAUGUAG